AUGCAUUUCUCAUCUGUCGCUACGUGCCUCGGUCUGGCUGGUCUAGCCCAGGCACAUAUGGAGAUGAUUUACCCUCCCCCCUUCAAGUCCAAAUCCAACCCCAACGCUGGCAGCGAUGUCGACUACAGUAUGACCGCCCCUCUCGAUGCAAGCGGCGCCAACUUUCCUUGCAAGGGCUACCACUCCCUCUUUGGUACUAAGGAGGGUGCCUCGGUCGCAGACUGGGCAGCCGGCGGUUCCUACAACAUGAGCAUCACCGGCGGUGCUAACCAUGGUGGUGGCAGUUGCCAGGCUUCCCUUUCCUACGACAAAGGAAAGUCUUGGAAGGUCAUCCACUCAUACAUUGGCAACUGUCCUGGUGCUGGUACCACCACCUUCGACUUCAAGGUCCCCAGCGACGCUCCAUCCGGCGAGGCCAUCUUUGCCUGGUCGUGGUUCAACCAGAUCGGUAACCGUGAGAUGUACAUGAAUUGCGCUGCCGUCACUAUUGGUGGUGGCUCUGGCAAGCGAGCAGACGCCAUGAGCAACCGCCCUGAGAUGUUCGUUGCUAACGUCGGCAACGGUUGCACUACUGAGGAGUCGUCUGAUCUCGAAUUCCCCGACCCUGGUCCCGAUGUGACCAACGACUCCCAGAAGACUGCUGGCCCCAAGGGUACUUGUGGUAAGGCAGGAUCCGGCAGUGGUUCCGGCUCUGGUGGUGGUAACAGCGGUGCUGCCCCUAGCACUCCCGCUAACGGCAACAAUGGUGCUGCUCCAAGUGCUGUCCCUACUCAGACUCAACCCGCUGCUCAACCUUCAUCCCCUGCCGCUCAGCCAUCAGCCCCAGCUGCCAGCGCCCCUUCAGCGUAUGUACCCUCUCACUCUUCUAUUGUUAAUGCCCCUGACUCACAAAUCCAUAGUCCUGGUGGUGUUUUUGUCACUGUCUCUCAGCCUGCUGAGGCUACUGGUGCCCCUGCUUCUUCAGCUCCCGCCGCAACCAGCACUCUCUUGACCAUGACCAAACCUGCUGCUGGAACUGGCGGUCAGCCUGUUCCUACCAGUGUCGGUAGCCCUGAGCCUGCCCCUACCACCCCCACAGCUCCUGGCUCUGGCUCCGGUUCUGAAGAGACUGCUGGUGCUGCAUGCAGUGACGAGGGCGCCUGGAACUGCAUUGGUGGAACCAAGUAUCAGCGUUGCGCUUCCGGCCGCUGGUCUGUUGUUCAAUCUAUGGCCGCUGGUACAACCUGCUCUGGGAACAAGAGCUCGGCUAUGGCCUUUGGUUUCGGUCGCCGACUCGCCAUUCGAGGUCGCAAGGUCUAA